GAGAGAGAGAGAGAGUAGAUCACAGAGAUGAGCCAGACAGGAACAAGUUAAAACAGUCCCCAAGAACUGGGGCAAAGAGCUUGUGUAUAUCUUCUUGAUUGGAAGGUCACAGCUACAACCUCCUGGAAGAUUACAACACUGUGCGUAUCUUUGUGAGUUGGUACAAAGUCCGGCACUCACCGAAGUUGAUCGAGAAGCUCAGGAGCAGCAGAAGGACUGGAGGGUGAGCAGUGAGCAGGAACCUGAAUUCCAAUAAACAUGAACGACUGCUUGGAAGAAUCCGAAGUGCGAGAGAGAAGGAAACAAUCCAAAGAAAACACCGCACAAAACGCUGUAGCAAAUGGUUCUGCCGAUCAUGGUAAUGACUUUGAUCAUCUAAUGGCCUGGAAGAAACGCAUUGAGGAUAUGAAAGUAGAAUUAUUGGAUCAGUUCAAAGGUCACCUGACUGAGCUGCUAGACAAAACCAUAGAAGAAUCCAUUGAGUCCUAUUCACAGUAUAAACAAGUGACCAAGUCCCAGGAGUCAGGACACAGAAACAGGGGCAAGAAAAUUGCAACAGAGAAAGGAAAAGUCUUUGUGAAUCGACGCUCAAUCCUUGACGAACUGUUCGAGAGUCCUCACAUUCAGACGAUUUAUCACAUGUUCAUCGCCAUGUUGAUCGUUUUUGCCGUCAGUACAAUGGCGGUUGAAUUCAUUGAUGAGGGCAGGCUAGUCCUUGAAUUUGACCUGCUGGUUUAUGCUUUUGGAAAGUCGCACAGGGUGAUUUUUGCCUGGAUUUGCCUCUUCCUGUACACGCUGAUUGUGCCGUACAAAGCCCUGGAUAUGUGGGGAAGCUCAUAUCAUCUGGUCAGAUAUCCUCGCCUCUCCACUCUGGCCCUUGGGUUGGUGCUUACGCUGUGCCAAGUCUGUGUCCUUGGAUUCUAUCCCAUCUACACUGUCAUUUGUUAUGAGCUGCCUCCGGCGUCAAGGUUUAUUGUGAUACUGGAGCAGAUUCGUUUAAUCAUGAAGAGUUACUCUUACAUACGGGAAAAUGUUCCAAAAGUACUGAAGGCAAAACUGUCAGAAGGCAAAGUGCUUCAGAUGCCAACGUUCUCCUGUUACCUUUACUUCUUGUUCUGCCCUACUCUCAUCUACCGAGACUCAUAUCCCAGGACUCCAAAGAUCAGCUGGAAGUAUGUGGCACUGAACUUUGCUCAGGUCCUCGGCUGCCUCUUCUAUUUUUACUUCAUCUUAGUGAGGCUCUGUAUCCCAGUGUUCACCAACAUGAGCAAACAGCCAUUCAGUACCAAGACGCUUGUCCUGUCCAUAUUCAACGCGACAUUACCAGGCAUCUUCCUGCUGCUCCUGUUUUUCUACGCCUUCCUCCACUGCUGGCUGAAUGCCUUUGCUGAGAUGCUCCGUUUUGGAGACAGAAUGUUCUACAAGGAUUGGUGGAACUCCACCUCCUUUGCCAACUACUACCGGACCUGGAAUGUGGUGGUUCACGACUGGCUCUACUGCUACAUCUACACGGAUUUCCUCUGGAUAUUUGGCAGGAGGUUUCGAGCGGCUGGAAUGCUCUCAGUCUUCAUCCUGUCCGCGGUGGUUCAUGAGUACGUCCUGACCCUGUGCCUGGGCUAUUUCUACCCAGUUAUGUUCUGCCUCUUUGCCAUCUUCGGAGUAUUCUUCAAUUUCAUUUUCAAUGACAACAGAACGAGUCCUGGAUGGAACAUCAUGAUGUGGGUUUUCCUGUUCAUUGGUCAGGGGAUCCAAGUGUGUCUGUACUGCCAGGAAUGGUACGCUCAGAUACACUGUCCUGUCAAAGAGAGAACCUUCUGGGAGCUGGUAACACCACGAUCCUGGUAUUGUCAGUUGGAAGCCUAACCACAUGUCUGAACAUGGCAUUCAACAAUAAAUCUGUUGUUCUUUGAUCACCCUGUGAGGGAGAGGGUGGGGUUAUUGACUUUUGAUUCUCUGACAUUGUUCUGUGUUAUUUAUGUAAAUCAAUAAUUUCCAUCGUCUGUUGCGCUGUGUACCGUCCCUGCUCUUCGCCGAUGGCGAAGGUGUCUCCUUCAGAGCAGCACCACCCCUUCUGCUUCCGUCAGUUUACAGUGAGCUCAGUUGCCACGAUGACCACACAGUUGCCCAUCCUCAGUGUCCUGAACAAGGGAGGGUCCCCAAAAAACAAAGUCAACCAGGGCUUCUGCUGUCGGGUGUGAUCCAGGGUAUUCUCCACAGGACUGAGAUCAGUUAUGAUUCCCAUGUGGUCAAAUAGCCAACUGACUUGCACAAGGAUGGCUACUUAGAGUCAUAGAGCAAUCCAGCACAGAUACAGGCCCUUUGGCCCACCCAGUCCAUGCCAACCACAGUGCCCACGCAGCUAGUCCCAAUUUCCUGCGUUCGGCCCAAAUGUCUCCAAGCCCCACCCCUCUAUGUACCUACUUAGUGAGGCAAUGGAGUGUUGAAAGCCUGUAAAAGGUGGUAAAGCCCAAACCCAAGCAAAAGGGAGAGAAAGAAGCCUUUCACCGUCAUUCCUUCCCCAGGCCAGAGAGAGACAACUCCCAUCUUUGGCAUCUCGCUGAAGGUCCCAUGGAAUAGCUCUGGCAGGAUGGCGUGAUGAAAGGUUACCCAGUCUGUCACACGAGGCCAUACGAGGAUGAGCUCGGCAGACGUUUGGACUGUAAGCCGAUCACAAGGGGGUCAGUCGCUAAGAUGGGUGAGGCGCAGAAUCAGCCAUGAUUGUGUUGAAUGGGCUGGGGCAGACUUGAAGGGCCAAAUGGCCUCCCCUUGCUUCUUACAUUAUUAUCAAAAGCUGCUCCUCCCACGUGGGUCCACGCCAUGGAACUGACUGGGUUCUGUGUGAACUGGAGGUACCCUGGGGAACAGUGACGUGCGUAAAUGAGAAGUGGGGAUUGGAUGCAGCACAAUACCACAAUAUUUCUUGAGUUAAGGUCUGAUGGAUGCAUCAUUAAUGAUAAUACUACGGAUUUUCAAUAGUAUGAACAAUAAUCUAAUGCAUAUCAGUUUCUGUACUUUGAUCAAAGGAUAUCAGUAUGUUGUGAAUGUGCCCUUGAAAAUGUUUUUCUUGUUAUCACAGGAUAUUCUGUGAAUAUAAAUUCUCCAGAUCUCACACUUCUUGUGUU